UGUGCUGUAUUGGUACGACUGGCAUUGUGUUUCACUCUACAUGCACUAAUUUCCCGGAACUUAGCUACCGCAAGAAUCGAAAAAAAAAAGGAAAUUAAAACAAAUAAAUAGAAGAAGAAAAUACGAAAGUAUGAUGGGCACGCCGCCGUUCACGAACUUCACCAAUAUGACCUCCGCUACUCCAACUUCGCUGCCGUUCGUUGAUCCCUUAUUCAUGGAAUACACUAGGGUCGUGUUUUAUGCUAUCAUAAGCAUCGUGGGCACCAUAGGAAACACUCUGGUAAUAUUGGCGUAUCGAAAUCCUCGCAUGCGAAGCGUCACGAACCUUUUUAUAGCAAACCUAGCAGUCGCGGACCUGACCGUGUGCCUAAUCAAUACCCCAGUGGCAGUGAUAUACUCCAUCUUGAAACGUUGGCCGUUCGGUCUUUUCCUUUGCAAGUUGAUAAAUUAUAUUCAAGGAAUAACGGUUUUCGCCUCUGUCGGGACGUUGAUGGCCAUUGCUGCAGACCGGUAUCGAGCAAUCGUACAUCCAUUACUGCCCAGAAUUCGCACACGACACGCCAUCACAAUCAUCGUCACGAUUUGGAUUGUAGCUUCAAUCAUUCCUUUCCCACUUUUUUUGUACCAAAAAGUAGACGAUCGCAGCAUUUUCUGCUCCGAAGACUGGCCGAGCGUGGAGUCUCAAAAAAUAUACACUGUGUUUCUUGCAGUUGCACAGUAUGUAAUACCUUUAACUGUCAUAUCGUUGCUGUACUUCCUUAUUUGCCAUAACCUUAACUCUUCGCAGGCCACCACACAAGAAGGUAAGUGUCGGCAUAUAGAUACAUAUUUUUUUUCUUUAUUUAAUUUUUCUUGAGACUAUAAUUAUUACUUUUAAAAUUAAAUAAAGCAAAGCCCUGCUAGCUAACGGAAAAUGAAAAUACGGACCUUGGGAUGAAACGGAAACAUAAACAGCGACGCAAAUUAUUUCUUGCUGGAAACCAAAAGUAAAUUUUAAUAUGGAGAUUUGUUAUGAAGCAAUCAGUUAACUUAGGAAACGGAUUUCUACAUCCACUAAUAGCAAAACGCGUGAAUUUUUUUUCCCUUAUUUACACUGCGUCUUCUUUAGCUAAAACUAUUCGGUGAAAUAAAAAACAAUUCAGUUCGUUUAAAGAAAAGUUGUGCUUUCACUGUUUUUGCUUUGUAAGAAAACCAUUUUAGCUCAAAUUAACGUUUUUGAAUGAAGUUCCCUGUCCCCAAAAUAUAGGAUUUCAUUUCACUACAAGUCGUAGCUAAUUCAAAUAGUCUGUUUGGAAUUUAUAAUCCAUAAACAAAUACUCUAAAGCCAAAUUUGCAUUCUAAUGAUAGUCGUGUUUUUUCCCCUUUUUUUGGCUUAUGGAUACCCAGAGAGAAUUUGACAGAUUCAACAUCUGUUAAAACAAAAAUUACGUUUUUAGACGCGUUCAAGAAGGUUCUGGCGAAAAUGUUAAGAAACAGCUUUGGGAACUGAAAAGGCUAAACAGUUUAACUACCUAUGAUGGUAUCCGGGGAAACAGUAUAACAACGCUCUUCUAACACCACCAAGUCAAAAAGAAACUAAUGAAGAACUGAGACGUUUAGUCGUGUGGCACUUACUUGGCGAGUUUCAUUAAAAAGAGCGUUUUCAGUUCUUGGUCGAGUUUGAUUUUGGUGAGAAGGUGCCUAGUGAGUGAUUGAGUUAUAACCAUUUAGGUCGUCGCCGAUUUUCACUCAUGUACAUGUAGAUAAAUUCAAGCAAAUUUAAUUUGGCGAGUCUCAUUAAAAAGAGCGUUUUCAGUUCUUGGUCGAGUUUGAUUUUGGUGAGGUGCCGGGUGAGUGAUCGAGUUAUGACCAUUUAGGUCGUCGCUGAUUUUCACUCAUGAUACAUGUAGAUAGAUUCAAGCAAAUUUAAUUCAAAGGAUUUCAGUGUGUCCAGCAGCACUUUGGAGGAAACGAGCGGAAAGGUUUCAUAUAGCAGAAUUGUUCUUUGGACAAUAAGUGUCUUUACACCCAUUUCGUUCUAUCUCAUUGCAUUUUAAUGACAUUGAAAGCAUUAGAAAAUGAGUAUGGUAAAUAAGUUCUAAAACGAGAAAGUAAACAACUGAUUUGUGGAGAAUGGCAUAAAAGCAAAAUCGUGAGUAUUUUGUGGUCGACUGGCGAGGAAAACCUAAAAUAUAGAUCAGGCAGUGUUAAUUAAUUUUUUAAAAGCAUUGUUUUAUAAGAAACCGGAAUCUAAUGUCAAGCUGUCUCUUUUUUCUUAAUGAAUGCAAAAUUUCCUUUUAAUUUACGGAAAUCUUCUCGAACUGAAAUUUAUUAGUGAUUGAAUCGACGAAAACAAACUUUGCAAAUUAACACAAUAAAUUAUACCCGGGUCAAUUUUUUUUUACGUCAUUCCCUUGGGAGACUGAAUUGUCAGUGAGUUGUUUUAAAUUUUAAACAGAUAAAGUUUAAAAGUAAAACUUCCUCGUCGUUGCGUGGGUUCCAAAAAGGUUUAAAUUAAGUUUGAAAAACCAUUAGUUUUCUCGAAAGAGGAAGAGAUAAAAAAAUCCUUCAUAAAAGCUGAUUAAUUUUACUACUCUGCGCGAUAAGGAAGGGAAAUUCUUUCUACCAGCAGGGUUAAACAUUUACGCCGGAAGGCACGCUCGCCUAAGGGUUCAGUGAAAGCCUUAUAAACCUAAAUCACUGCGUUUUUUAUAAUUCAUUUUCGUAUGUUUACAGCAAAACUUUUCCUAACUUAAGUUGUGCAUGUAGCUCAGGUAUGAGGAUAUACCAGUCAAGUGAAAUUUUAAAUCAUUAUAUUUAUUAACCUUUUGUGACUCCAUAUCUCAGUGAUAUUUGAUUUAGUUUCACAGCCUUUUUGCAUUAGCAAGCAAGUGCAUUCUGAAUGUUUCGGAAACUCAUGCUGUUAGUAACUGACAAAAAAAAUCUGCAUUGUACUUUUGGACUUUAUGAUAUUUUGACGCUCAUUGAAAGCCACUCUUAGCAGUAUAAAAAUGCGCAAAGACCUUCAGUCUCUACUGAUUCAAAUGCAACACGGGUGACAUUUUUCCACGUCUUAAAAUUUUUCCACUAAACAUUUUAAUUUUUUUUCCUCAAUAAACUGAUAAAUUUGCAUAUUCAUAAAUAUGUUAUAUUAAUGAAAGCACAAAAUUUUCCGCUGUAAUUUCGCCCUAAAACCAUUAGCUGGCUGGCAAUCACAAACAGUGAAAGAAAUUGGAUAUAAAAAUAGACCAGUCAUUCAUAAUUAAAACUGCCGUAGGAACAUAGCAGCUCUGAUAACUCUCUUAAGGUUUAUCGAGGUGAAAAAGAUACAAUAAACUUAGCUAGAUUUUAUUUCUUUCCAUUUCCGGUUAAAACUUGAAACGAUCCCGACGGAGAUAGUUCCUUUACUCUUUUGAAUAACGGAUAUCUCGAUGCCUAAUUUUCUCUAUAUUAAUAAAAACUGCCUUCCAAUUACAAACAAUUUUCUAUUACCACCCGCGGAUAAAGGCAUUUCCAUUGAGACGUUCAUCUAAAGUUAAUUAAUGGAAGUAAAUAGCACAUUAAUUAAGGGAGGGCUUUGAGGAACAAUUGAUUAAUAAUUCCUCGACAUAUUUUAUCAACAGUUUUGAAGUUUUAAAAACUGAAACGAGUUAUUUAGCUCUGUUAUACGUCAGUAGUCGGUUUUCUGUUGGUAAUUAAGUUCAUCCUCUAUUAAUAAUAAAAAUACAUUUCUAGUUUUUAAAAAGCAUGACAAAACAAUUUAGAUGGCAAUCUUGCGCGAACUCUACUUAAGCUACUAUUUUGUUUUAAUUCACCACAAUAAAAGACGAAGCAAGAACAUUACAGCCUUGCCUUCCGUGUAUACAAGACCAUAUAGGAUGCACACGGUUUAUAAUCCAUUUUUCUCCAACACAGUUCUUAAAGGCAAUGCUCCUGGUUAAAACUGAUUCGUUUGAUAACAAAAAGCAGUAGUUUUUAUCAUGAAUUCUUAAUGUUGUCAACCAAAGGUCACUGAGCAAAACAAAUGGAUGUACAAAAUGGACCUGGAGGGUUUACGAUACUUUUAAUCAGUCAGUCGUUUCAGUCGUUUAUAAGCAUUAGUUCAUAAAACUAAACUGAAAUGAAGCUAAAAAUAUCAUUAAUGACCGUUAUAGAUGAAGGGAGAUUUAUUUUUUCUAGUUUUGGCUUUACACUGAAUACUAAAACGCGCCCGGAAAACAAAUAAAGCCAGUAAUUAGUUCGUGGAACUUUGAACUAAGAAUAUUGAACUAAAAUCAGCCUAACAAAGGAGAAACUUCGGACACUCGUCGAUGGUUUAACCUGGGGGGGGAUACUCCUACGAAUUCUUAGUGGGGGUGUGCCGCCCGAUUCUUCAAAUCCUGACCUGAUUUCAGACCAAAAAAAUGUCAUUUUUUACACCCGCUUUCAGACUAGACCUCUAAAAUCCAUACCUGUUUUCAGACCUGCGUCUUUAGGUAGAAAUUAAUAAGUUAUCAUUACUUAUAUUGGAGCGCAAACAACAAAAUUAUUCAAAUCCAUUUCGAAUUCACAUAUUUCUCUUUCUUUCUUACUCAUUUGGAAUUAAAACGAUAAAUACGUCUUCAUAAACUCCCGUAGUUCCCUCGAAAACCAUACCCGAUUCCAGACCAAAAUGGGCAAAGUGGAUACCCGUUUUCAGACCGAAACGUCGCAAAAACCCUAACCGAUGGGGCGGCACAUACCUAAAAAAAGUAUACGGUUUAUAUGAGCCCGGGUGGUUUAAGAAUUCGAUUUUAUGGUGAGGCAUGAAGGAGAACAACAAAAACAUUAAUGAACGCGUUUAAUUAUUAUCUUUUCUUGUCUCGCCUUUUAAAACAACUUUUGACAAAAAGCCUGGUUCUCUGAUAUGCCGCCGAGCUACCUGCGAUACAGCUGCCGAUACUGCCUGCGACACCGUUCCGAUAUGAGAACUGAAGUUGGCGGCAACAGAGAUUAUGUCAGUCUGUGCAGCCGGCACUCCGGCGAAGUUGAUUCGAGUUCGACUUCGCAGGCAUGCCGGAGGUAAAGACUGACAUGGCCUCUGUUGCCGGCGACUUCUGUUCUCAUAUCGGAGAGGGGUCGCAGGCAGUACCGGUGGCUAUGUCGCAGGUACUUCGGCAGCAUAAGAGAACCAGACUUAACAGAGCGCCUUAAGAUGACAAUAAACAGUCGAACAUCAAAAUUGUAAUAUCCUACCAUUCAUUCUUUUGUGUUUGUUAUGUAAUCCUAAUAAAACAGGGGCACCCAACGUCAAUUUUUGGAAAAUAUCUGUUCGGAAGACGAUUUGAGAUCUAGAAUUUUCGGAACAUUUGUUGUAAAAUUUCUUGCUUGCCUGCCUCUAAAAAAUGGUAUAAUUACUUAUUUUUAACGGGGUUUUACCCUAAAAAGGUCACCUACAAUUUUCGGGGCCUUUUUUCCGGUUGAAAUUUUUGAAGGUAAGUUUUGAUCCCUAUAAUUUUUGGAUCACUAAACUUUGAGCUAGGAAAUCAGAACAGAUGAAGAAUUUCAUUUGAGGGGAUAAAAAUAUGCCCGUAUUUACCGUUUAAAUACUAUAUACGUUCAACAACGCUACGUUUAAGUGUUUUCGAACCCCUCAUAAAACAGCCAACAUUUCGGGACGCAACAAAAAAGUUUCCCUUUAAAGGAACGAGCGCAGAAAUUCCAUACCGAUGACCCUUCACUACCCAGAUAAGUCGGCUUUAGAACUCUUGACUCCUGUCAGCUUCUGAUUGGUUGAAAAUGUGCUUCACCCGAUCAGAAGCACAAUCCAGAAUUGGGUCGUUACGUGUCAUCAGUGUGGAAUAGACCUUAUUUACGAUCACUGCCCACCAUCUUUGCCCGGCUUUAGGAUUGAUGGGUUAAAAGCAAUCUCAGGUGGUAUUUCAGGGGCAAAUUUAAACAAGCGACAAAAUUUACCAAUAUAAGAAUCGCGGUUGAGUUUGUAUAUUCCAUAAAAACGCCAGAGGAUCGAGAGAGCAUCAGUCCUUAAGCGCGUCAAAGAUGGUGCAGAGGCGGGGAAAACACUAGUCGGUCGCGAAAUGUCGGCAAUUUUCUCAGGCUAACAUAGCAGUAAAAACCUGUUUAUUCAACUAUUUGUAGGUGCUACCCGAACAAGAAAAAGCGUCAUUCGCAUGUUGGUUAUAGUCGUUGUGCUAUUCCUCGUUUCCUGGCUUCCAUUCCAUAUCAUGACCUUGUACCAAAACUUCAAACCUCAAAGUCAGCGAGAAAUCUUAUUUUUCCAAGUUUUCAUGUUUAGCCUUUGGCUCAUGUUCUCCAAUAGCUGCUACAACCCCAUUGUGUACGCAGUCUGCAAUCGUAACUACAGGCGUGAGUUUGGAAGACUACUAAGGUGA